AUGUCUGGCGCAUCGAGAGCUUCGAAUCGCGCAAACGGGCACGGCGACGAAACACCCCGCAUGGCCAGCAGCAACGCCGGCGGGCAUGGCAGCAAGCGCGAACGACAAGAAGGCAGGAAUGGCCCGCCGCCCUCGGGCAGCUUCCAAGCGAGUCUGGGGCAUAAGCGCUCUGCCUCGGGGAACCCUCGCCCCAUCAGCAUGGCCACCACCGAGGAGAGGCGCUACGAAGAGCAGCGCAAGGUCACGGAGCGCACUUAUGAGACCCACGCCGACCGAAUAGUGCUGCGGACGGCAAGCCCCGAGAAGAUACAGCGCCGCAGUGCCCCAGGCGACCGCAAGUCUGCAGCUUCCCCUAGACGGCCCCGAGAUCCGAAACCAGAGGUAGCUCAAGUACCAUGGAACCCCGAAGUCACGUUGCGCCCUCAUACAACAGCGCCGUUGGCAUCACGAGUCUCGAUCCCGCCUCUAGCUUCUACAGUGCCUAAUGCUCCGCAGCCGACACCCUUGGCCGAACUAUCCCUCGCUGUGCAAGAAGCGGUUAUCGUUGAAGAUUUGUUGUUCGUGUUCAUGGGCUACGAAGGGCAAUAUAUUCGUUUUGACAAAGGAUACAACCCGAGAGAGGAACGAGAUCGGCUCUCUGGCCCGAAUUUCCGCAUACUGCCCGGUCUCGAUCCGAGCUUACACGAUCUGGCAGCUUCGAUGCUCAAAAUGGCCACUUAUUAUUCUGCCCUCGAAGCAUUUGUCGAUGUUCAGAGCCGCGAAGAAUUCGGCGCCGUCAACCACGCCUUAUGCGCCGCCGUUCGGAAAUACCUCCAAGAUUACAUUGUCAUGAUUUCUGAGCUGGAAACACAAUUUCUCACCAGCAACACAUUUACAGUACAUGUGCUGAAUAUCCAUACUCUUCCAACCAGUCACUUGAUGCUCCAGCUAUAUUCACUGGCACAAAAGCUGCUACAGAAGAAUGGCCUCCUCGAUGACGAUAGCGACGACGACGAUGAAAGCAUGGAGGACUUCGACAAGGUCUUGGAGCGUCUGACAGAGGGCGGUAACCUCACGCCUGGAAAAAUGUCGGAAAAGAAGCUUUGCAAAGGCGGUGUUGUGCUGCGCUUGGUAACGCAGCGCCUCGAGUCGAUGGCUGGAGAUCCAGCCGCUCGGGAGCUUCUGACAUCAUUACUACGCGACGCCAGUAAGCCAUAUAUGAGCAUGCUCAAUGAGUGGCUACACCAUGGCGCUAUUCGUGACCCGCACUCUGAGUUUCUGAUUAAGGAGCAGAAAAGCAUUAAACGUGAGACACUGGAGCAGGACUAUACAGACGAGUACUGGGAACGACGCUACACUAUUAGAGAUAAAAACGUACCCCCACAGCUCGAAGGCGUCAAAGAGAAAGUCCUGCUGGCAGGCAAGUAUCUCAAUGUCGUACGCGAGUGUGGCGGCGUCGACGUUAGCAAAGUCGUCUCCGAUGUGCCGACUACGUUCGACGACAACCGUCUCCUGGAAAAUGUCAACAGCGCAUAUGCGCAUGCCAACGAAUCACUCAUGCAGCUCCUCCUCACAAGCCACGCCUUGCCUGCGCGCUUGCGCUCGCUCAAGCACUACUUCUUUCUCAACCCCUCCGACUACUUUUCGCACUUUAUGGAGCUUGGCCACCCAGAGCUGCGCAAAAAUGCCAAGGCAGUCAACACUGGCAAGCUCCAGUAUCUGCUCGACCUGAUCCUGCGACAGCCGGGCAGCGUCGUCUCCCUCGAUCCUUUCAAAGAGGAUGUCAAGGUGGAAAUGAAUGAAGUCACUCUCAUCAAAUCUCUGCAGGACGUCGUCAACAUUACGGGUAUCGAGAAGGGCGAGGCCCUGCAACCGCUGACUAGCCAAGCCGUCAAGGCGGAUAAAAACGCAACUGGCUACACGUCGCUGCAGUUCGACUAUGUCGUGCCCUUUCCCGUAUCGCUCGUCAUUAGCCGCAAGACCAUAUGGCGUUACCAAGCUCUGUUCCGUUACCUCUUCUCCCUGCGCUAUCUCGAAUCGCAGCUGUCCUCCACGUGGCACGUACACACCCGAGGCGCGAGUUGGUCGCACAAGAGCUCCAACCGCGAGAUCGAGCGAUGGAAGCGGCGCAUGUGGACGAUGCGAGCGCGCAUGCUCACCUGGGUUCAGCAGCUGCUGUAUUUCUGCACGGCAGAGGUCAUUGAGCCCAACUGGUCCAAGUUCAUGUCGCGGCUAAACGAGGGGGCUGAAAACGGGAAGCAGUCGUCAGGUUCUAGCCGAACCGUAGAUGAGCUUAUGCAGGACCAUGUUGACUUCCUGGACACGUGCCUCAAGGAAUGCAUGCUGACGAACAGCAAACUACUCAAGGUUCACGCCAAAUUGAUACUGACAUGCACCAUGUUUACCAACUACACCAAAUGGCUCACCAAUGAGCUCGACCAUGUCGACCCAGACCUCGCGGGCGGUGUCAAGCCACCCGGCAUGACCAAUAUGCAGUGGCGCCGCUUCCAGGCCGACCGGGCUGCCGCGGCCAGCCGAAGCGGCAGCAAGGAUGCAGACGCCCCGAUGCAGUCCGUCGAGGAGCGCUUCCACGAGAUCAACAAGAUGAUCAACGAGUGGGAACACAGCUUUAGCCGCCACCUGCAAAUCCUGCUCGACGCGCUCAACCACUAUGCGGCAACGGAGACGGUGGUGCUUCUGAGCCUGUGCGCGCGCCUCAGUACCGUGAAUCAGGGCACGGAAUUCACUGGGUUAAGGGCCGAUGAUGUAUCUAACGCGAAUCGGGCGGGCUAG